AUGAGUGUUUCUUUGACUGUGAUGACCUUCAAUCUUCAUGAAGAUCAGACGGAAGAUAGUCCUUACUCAUGGGAAAAGAGAAGGGAUUUGUGUAUAAGCGUCAUUACUAGUUAUUCUCCAAUGAUUCUAUGUACCCAACAAGGAGUUAAAUCACAAUUGGAUUAUCUUCACCAGUGUUUGCCAGGUUAUGAUCAAUUUGGAAUAUCAAGAAAAGGACCUGAAGACACUUCUGAUGAACAUUGCACCAUCUUCUAUGACAAGGAGAAGGUGGAGCUGCUUGAAGGUGGAACAUUUUGGUUGUCUGAGUCACCUUCUGUGCCUGGAAGCAUGUCAUGGGGCUCCGUAGUUCCAUGUAUUGCAACGUGGAUAGUAAAUACAAACAUGGAUGAGUUCAGUCCUCGUGCCCGUAGGCGAAGUGCUUUGCUCACAUGGCAGCACAUCGCAUCCUUACCACCUAGCCUGCCAGUUGUAUAUUGUGGAGGAUUCAACACACAAAAGGAAUCAACAGCCGGGCGAUUUCUUUUGGGGAGAUCAAGAGAGCACGGUGCAGUUGGGGAUAUGAGGGAUACAUGGCCUAAUGCCCGUGUGAGGAAAAAUGUCUCUCUUAUUCGCACUUUUCAUGGAUUUAAAGGUGACAAACAAGGAGCUCUUGAAUUCCUCAAGUUGAUUUUCAGAGCCCUCUGCCUUUGUUGGGAUCGCCAAACACAGGAUCUGCACAUAGAUUGGAUUCUUUUUAGAGGUAGAUCUCUUAUUCCUGUUCUGUGUGAAGUGGUGAAUGAUAACAUUGAUGGAUAUUAUCCAUCCUCCCACUAUCCCAUAUUUGCUGAGUUUCUGCUUCCUCGUACUGUGAGAGUGCUUGACCCACCUGCUCGUGAAGAAAUUUGA